UUGGCAGCCUCACAGCCACCUCUCUCCCGCCCUCUGCUGCUGCACCAGAGUUCAGCUCCUUCAACAGCAGGCCCACCCUGGGCCGAGUCUGCCCUCCUCACCCUCCAGUUUUGUUUCUCUAUAUUAACUUGGCUCGGGUCACAAAUUAACCAGAUUUGGGGAGCCCGCUUAAUCAAUUUCUCUCUUUCAAAUUCUUUUUCUGUGCUCCUCCCACGUACUCUCAACCUCAGGGCAGAUUAGGAGAAGAUUUAGGAAGAGGGUGAGGGUACAGGGGAGAGUCUGGACUGGAAGUCAGGGGUCUUUGGUCUGUGUGGCAGUGAACAAGUGGCUUCAGGCUUUUGGAGGAUGAAAUGUGCCUUUUAUGUGGAAGGAUUCUAGGUGUGCCUGGUACAGAGAAGAGCCCAUAGAUGCUGGUCUCUUAUGUGGAGAGCUUGACAAACACAAUUUCCAGGACCUCAUUUGGAACACCCUCAACGCUCACAGGGACCCAUCCACUCCGGAAACGGAAAUUUAUGUGUAUAAAUAGGAGCUUGCCUCACUGCCUCUCAGCUGGCCAGGGCACAGCAGGAUUCUGUCCCUUCCUCAUGGGGAAUGGCUGUGGCCGGUCCCUCUGGACACUCAUCUCAGCUUCCAAGCCUGGGGCCAUUCUCUUUCAAACAGGGUCAGGACUCAGCCAAGGCACUCCCUGAUACUCUUUCUGAACCCUGGGCUGGGCCCUGGGUCAGCUGCUCUGAGGAGGCCAUCUCUGAAAGCUUGGGACAUGCACAGAGUGGGAAAAAUUUGAGUUACCCAAUGCACAUGCUCUCAGCUGAAAGGGAACAAGACAGCACUCUGCCUUCUUGAAUCAGCUCUCAUGCUGUAAACAGGUGUCCUUUUCAUGGUCUAUUUGUGCCAUGUUUUUCGAAUUUUUGUGCUUUUUGUUGGUGAUUCUGUUGUUUAAAGAGGCCCCAAGUGUAGUGCUGAAGUAGUGUCUUGAGUUCCUAAGAGCGCAAAGGCUGUGAUGUGCCCUACGGAGAAAACAUGUGUGCUAGAUGAGCUUCAUUCAGACAUGAGUCAUAAUGCUGACAACUUGAUUUCAGAUUUCCAGCCUCCAGAACUGUAAGAUAAUAAAUUUUCAUUGUUUUAAGCCACCCAGCUUGUGGUAGUAAGUGAAGAAAUGAAUACAGAAGGGUUUAAAGCCUCCUGGCAUUUCCCAGCAGUCCUGAGGGUUGGGGCCACCUGCCUGCUUUUCCAACAGGUACAAGGAGCAGGAAGCAACUUCAGCAUAUAGUGCAUUCCUUCUUUUCCCUACCAGCUACCACUUCCUCGUUAUUUGUUGGAAUAAUGAGAAAAGAUUCUCAUUAUUUGUUGGCCGGACAAUUUUGAUAGCCCCUUGAUUCAUAUUCUUCCCCUAGUGUUCUCUCUGAAAAAUCAGCCUUUACAGAGUCGCCAAAGAGCUCUUUUUAAAAUCCAGACGCCUGAGCCACAACUAGGGAGCCCGCCUGCCACUACUAAGACCCGGGGCAACCAAAUUAAAAUACAUAAAUAAAUAAAUAAUCAAUCAAUCAAUCAAUCCGGAUGCCACACCCUGGCCGGGCCCGCCUCCUCACUCCUCCGUGAACGUGAUAAGCUGGAGCAGGGCUCGCUCAGUUACUUCCUCCAUGUCUCCCCUCAAAUGUCACCCCAGUAGAGAGGCCUUCCUCAAUCUCUAGAUAUAGUAGCACCCUUCACCUCCCCUCCCACACUCUUUCCCUCUCACCAUUCUAUAUUUAUCUUUUUGGGGGUUUGUUUUUAAAUCACGUCCUGACAUAGCCUUAGUUUCUAGGAGACAACCAAUUUGAAAUAGGAGAGCAGGGAAUUUUUAUCCACCCAGAGAGUGCCUGGGUGCUCAAGAAUUACUUGAAUGAAUGUUAAAUGAAUUCUGUCCAAAUUCUGUUGCCGCUCUGUAGAACAAUCCCAAUCCGGGGCCUGGGGGUGGGGUGAGGGAGGAAUGGGCGUGGUCCUGCAAUUGCUGCUGUCGGUUUUUCCAGGGCAACUGUCCACAGUUUCCCACUCUGCGGGAUCAUUUCCAUUUUCUCUCUAAUAAUUUGCCUCUUUUUCUGUUGGGUCUUGCUGGGAUGUGUCAUCAUCCCUGAUCUAUCCAUCCCAAAAGAAUGCCCUCUUUCAGAGUCUCAGCUUUAAGAGCAUUUGGGUCAGGACAGGUCUCUUUUUCAAAUCUGACCACCUUAGCCUCUAGGAUCUUAUUCCCCAAGGAAAUUGCUCUUUAAGUCAACUUUAAUACAAAUGUCUUCCACGGUUUUUCUUUCAUUUUGCUCUGUCCCUGUCCUGUGCUGAGUGCAAGAAGAAGAAAAAAAAAAAAAAGCUUUGUAAACCAAUUUAGUUCCUCCUUCAGACUGAUAAAACCCUAACCAGUCUCCUAAUCGGUAAUUAAUUCCUAAGAACAGAAUUUUCCAUCUUUGGGACUUUUAAAAAUUCCAUUUGAACUUCUGUUUUUAUUAUCAUUCAACUGAGAACUUUUUACUUCUCAUUAAGACAACUUGCUCUCUAGAUUAUAAAAGUUCUCAUUACUGAUUAUCUGUUUAUGGACUGAAAUUCACCAUCCCUGUGAGUUAAAAUUCAGAGCCUGGGCCAGGGCUAAUGUAAUGAACAAUCCAGAAGGAAUGUGAGACCAAGUGACUGGCCACAUGAAUGCCUUCCUCAGCACAGCAGUUGAGGCAGCUCAGUGGCACCUACUGACAUCUGGAUGAGGUGUACAGGCCAGUGCAGUACUCAGGGGUGCUCUGAGGCCCGAGGUACCUGACUGCAGAGCUCCCAGCCUGCUCUGGCCAUGAAAAUGGAGACCCCCAUCGUGGGCAGGGACCCUCACUGCUCAGCCGCUUUGUCUUCUCUUGGAGCAUCUUUGUGUUUUGAGUUUUAGUUUUUCAUAAUUCUGUUGUUAAUGGUGCAAAAAAAAGUGAAAACUUAAAUGACCAUUUUUUUAAAAAUAAAAAUUAUUAUUAAAAUGUUAAACACAGCCCCCUGUUUCUGUUAAGGUAAUUAAGCAAGGAGUCCGUUAGACUGAGUUGGUUUUUCUGCCUUGGUAGUCUUUGUAAGCAAACUGAAACCUCAGCCAGAAUCAAUGCACUGGAAUCUGAGAAAACGAAACUUAAGAAGAACCUAUCACAAAUAGCCAACUAGGCUUUCCCAAAUUAGGCAACCAGUGAGCGAAGGAGGAGCAAAGACUGCCACCAUGAUCCUUUUCCCCGUCCACCGCACACGGUGGGGUGUCGCUCCAGGACCUCGCUUCAGACGUGUAAGCUCCCCUAUCCAUUACACCCCUGACGUCUCUGUUGCUGACUCCGGGUUCUUUCUUUGGUUUUGAAGUGGGGCAGGCACAGGCCUUGUAGGUUUGUGUGGUGCAGCCCAACAGUUGGGUACAUAAGCCAGUUUUUUGAAAGUUUAUGAGUGUUUCAAUUGCUCUAAUCCUCACCAACACUUGGGAUUGUCCUGCCACCAGCCCAGGGGUAGGGCCACCAACCUGAGUUUGCAUUUCUCAUCCCCUUGGUCCCAAGGUGUCAUAAUUGGGCUGCUUUAUUAAAUUAGGACACAUUCCUCUGGGGCCGAGGCUAACCUUCUCUCCCAGAGGGAGUGCUCCUAGGGCAGCAGAAGAGUCAAUAAAAAACUAAAAUAAUCCAAGAGUAACUCUAAGGUAUAAGGAAACUUAGGGCUGAGGGAGAAUCCUUAAGGGAGGACAAACUUGGAAGGGCUUCGGGUCUCCUUGGAGAAGGUGCGGUCAGCCCAGGGAUAGCAGAGACGUUCACUGGGGGCCAUGGGGCCAGGAGGCCUUCUGAGUGCCUGAGCCACGUGGAGGCUUGCACAGGGGCUGCAGCUCAAUGUGUGACCCUGGGCUUGGAGAGGAAGUCCGGGUGCCAGCGCACAGGAGGCCACGCAGGCUGCGCGGGGCUCCCGGCUCUGUAUGGAGAGGGCUCUGGAAAAGGUCAUCACCAGACCCAGGCUGCAAAUGGGCAGCCCAGACUGCCUGUCCUCACGCCCACCCUGCCCUCCCCUGGCCCUCACUGGAGCUGGCAGGAGGACGCCUUUCUCCUGCAAUGUCCUUCCGGCGCCCUCUGCUGAGAAAGCUCACCAUCGCGCUCACUCUGGAGUUCCAGCUCAGUGCACAUGCUGAAGGGUGCAUUCAGAGCUGGGAGGUGGGCUGCAGUUCCGGAAUUGCUUCACAGGUGUGCUGGGGUAGAACAAAGAAGUAAAUGGAUGAUAGAAAGUUGUGUAUACCGCAGGAGAGGAAAGUUACCGACACACAAGGAAGGAAGGCUGGAGUGAAUCCUGACUGGGUUAGACUGGAGACCUCAGGAUGCAGCUCAGUACGUGCACAGCUGGCUAGAUACAGAAACAAUGACUGUGUCUGGCUGUCCCUAAGAAAAAUGUUCGAUGGUGCGCCAUAUCACAACCAGAGUGGUUAAAAUGCUACCGAUGGCAACGGAGGAUGAAAAAACUGGGUACUCCCUCUGUCACCUGUGUGAGGAGGACCUCUCGCUUUGAAUGUAUCCAGGCCAUUGCAGCAAAAAAGGCAGAUGCUGUGACCCUGGAUGGUGGUUUGGUGUUUGAGGCAGGCCUGGACCCCUACAAACUGCGGCCGGUAGCGGCGGAGGUCUACGGGACGGAAAAGGCAGAGCCCCAAACCCAGUAUUAUGCCGUGGCUGUAGUGAAGAAGGGCAGCAACUUUCAGCUGAACCAGCUACAAGGCCGGAAGUCCUGCCACACGGGCCUUGGCAGGUCCGCCGGGUGGAACAUCCCUAUGGGGAUACUUCGCCCGUUCUUGAACUGGACAGGGCCACCUGAGCCCCUCCAGAAAGCUGUGGCCAAAUUCUUCUCUGCCAGCUGUGUUCCCUGCGUGGAUGGAAAAGAGUACCCCAACCUCUGUCAACUGUGCACAGGGACAGGGGGAAAUAAAUGUGCCUGCUCCUCCCAGGAACCAUAUUUUGGCUAUUCUGGUGCCUUCAAGUGUCUGCAAGACGGGGCUGGAGAUGUGGCUUUCGUCAAAGACAGUACAGUGUUUGAGAACCUGCCAGAGAAGGCUGACAGGGACCAGUAUGAGCUGCUCUGCCCAAACAAUACUCGGAAGCCAGUGGAUGCAUUCAAGGAGUGCCACCUAGCCCAGAUCCCUUCUCAUGCUGUUGUGGCCCGAAGUGUGGAUGGCAAGGAGGACUUGAUCUGGAAGCUUCUCCACAAGGCACAGGAGAAGUUUGGAAAAAGCAGUGUACAGGGGUUCCAGCUCUUUGGCUCUCCUCGUGGGCAGAAGGACCUGCUGUUCAAAGACUCUGCCCUUGGGUUUUUGAGGAUCCCCUCAAAGAUAGAUUCUGGACUGUACCUGGGCUUCCGCUACCUCACCGCAUUGCAGGGCCUGAGGGAAACUGCAGCGGAGGUGGAGGCGCGGCGCGCGCGGGUCGUGUGGUGCGCGGUGGGACCUGAGGAGCAGCGCAAGUGCCAGCAGUGGAGCCUCCAGAGCAGCCAGAGCGUGGCCUGCGCCACGGCCUCCACCACUGACGACUGCAUCGCCCUGGUGCUGAAAGGAGAAGCUGAUGCCCUGAGCUUAGAUGGAGGAUAUGUCUACACUGCGGGCAAGUGUGGUUUGGUGCCUGUCCUGGCAGAGAACCAAAAAUCCUCCAAAAGCAACGGCCCAGAUUGUGUGCACAGACCAACGGAAGGGUAUCUUGCCGUGGCAGUUGUCAAGAAGGCAAAUGAUGAGCUCAAGUGGAAUUCUCUGAGAGGCAAGAAGUCCUGCCACACCGCCGUGGACAGGACUGCAGGCUGGAACAUCCCCAUGGGCCUGAUCGCCAACCAGACAGGCUCCUGCAAAUUUGAUGAAUUCUUUGAUAAAAGCUGUGCCCCUGGGGCUGACCCGAGAUCCAGUCUCUGUGCACUGUGUGUUGGCGAUGACCAGAACGUGGACAAGUGUGUGCCCAAUAGUAAAGAGAGGUACUAUGGCUACACCGGGGCUUUCAGGUGCCUGGCUGAGGACGCUGGGGAUGUUGCAUUUGUGAAAGAUGUCACUGUCUUGGAGAAUACUAACGGAGAGAACACUGCAGCCUGGGCUAGGAAAUUGGAUCGGGAGGACUUUAGGUUGCUGUGUCUCGAUGGCACCAGGAAGCCUGUGACAGAGGCUCAGAGCUGCCACCUGGCUGUGGCCCCAAAUCAUGCCGUGGUAUCUCGGAGCGAUAAGGCAGCACACGUGGAACAGGUGCUGCUCCUCCAACAGGCUCAGUUUGGGAAAAAUGGAAAAGACUGCCCGGGCAAGUUUUGCUUGUUCCAGUCUGAAACCAAAAACCUUCUGUUCAAUGACAACACUGAGUGUCUGGCCAAACUCGGAGGCAAAACAACAUAUGAAAAAUAUUUGGGACCAGAGUAUGUCACGGCCAUUGCUAACCUGAAAAAAUGCUCAACCUCCCCGCUUCUGGAAGCCUGCGCCUUCCUGACGAGGUCAAACCCGAAAAGAAGUUGCCCCGCCUCCCCGGGGGCCUCAGCCCCUCCCUGCUUCCAGCCCUGAUCCUUCUUCUCCCUUCCUCUCCCUUCCUGAGGGCGGAUUUUGCCAAGCUCAUCAGUUUUCACAGAUCCCUGCUAUCAUCUUAACAAGAAAUAAAAUUAGAAAUGCUGUUGAUUUUCA